GAAAAAUAAAAAGUGCUUUGCUUACGCGAUAAAAACUAGGGUCGGGGAUUUUAGGUUUUCGUAAGCUAAAGGGUGAGGAUUGUUAAGCGACACGCCUCUGUCACUCAAACCCUAUUCUUGUUCCCAAUUUCUCGAAUCUAGGGUUUUAGAUUCUCCUUUUCCUCUGGAAAUCAACCUUAUUUCAUUUUUUUUCUUCUCUUAGAAAUAAUAUCGUCAAUGAGCAACGAAGGAGUUAACUUCAACAUGUCCGGUCUUGGCGAUGCUCUUAACGCCGAAGCACGAGCUGGUCUCGUUAACGCUCUCAAGAAUAAACUUCAAAGUCUUGCUGGGGAUCACUCCGAUGUGCUGGAGAGUCUAUCACCGAUUGUCAGGAAGCGUGUCGAGGUUCUUAGGGAGAUCCAGAGCCAACAUGAUGAAUUGGAGGCUAAGUUUUUUGAGGAGAGGGCAGCACUUGAAGCUAAAUAUCAAAAACUAUAUCAACCCUUGUAUGCUAAGCGAUAUGAUAUUGUGAAUGGCCUUGCUGAUGCUGAAGGAACAGCAAAUGAAGCUGCCAAGGACCAAGGAGAGGAAAAGGAUGCUGAAGAGAAAGGGGUGCCUGAUUUUUGGCUUACUGCAAUGAAAAAUAAUGAAGUGCUCUCUGAUGAGAUCACUGAGCGUGAUGAAGGAGCUCUCAAGUAUCUCAAGGAUAUUAAGUGGUACAGGGUAGAGGAACCCAAAGGAUUCAAGCUUGAGUUUUACUUUGACACCAAUCCUUAUUUCAAGAAUACUGUGCUGACAAAGACAUAUCUCAUGAUUGAUGAAGAUGAACCUAUUCUUGAGAAAGCAAUUGGGACUGAAAUUGAAUGGUAUCCUGGAAAAUGCUUAACGCAAAAGCUUCUUAAAAAGAAGCCUAAGAAGGGUUCAAAGAAUGCCAAGCCAAUCACUAAAACAGAGGAGUGUGAAAGUUUCUUCAACUUCUUCAAUCCUCCUCAAGUUCCUGAGGAUGAUGAAGACAUUGAUGAAGAUACUGCUGAGGAGCUACAAAAUCAAAUGGAACAAGAUUAUGACAUCGGAUCAACAAUUCGAGACAAGAUUAUUCCACAUGCUGUGUCAUGGUUUACAGGAGAAGCUAUCCAGGGAGAUGAGCUUGAUAUAGAUGACGAUGAAGAAGAUGACGAUGAUGAUGAUGAGGAGGAGGAAGAGGAUGAUGAGGAAGAGGAUGAGGAUGAGGAUGCUGACGAUGAGGAUGCUGACGAAGGAAGUAAGACCAAAAAGAAGUCUGCUCAUAAGAAGAGUGGUAAAGCAGUAGGGGAUGGGCAGCAAGGUGAGAGGCCUCCGGAAUGCAAGCAGCAGUAGAAAUUAAUUGCUGCCGUUGAGUGUGGUUUAUAAGAUUUUGAUUGGAAGAAGCGGGAGAAAGGGAGGGUUUGCAGUUUUGGUGGUUAUUUAUUUCUACAGUUUUAUGUUAUUGCUAUGAGUAUGAUUGGUUUCUACAGUCGUUUUAUCCUUUUUGGUCUGUUGGUUUGGUAGGAUGGUCUGGUAAUGGUACUCUAAGAUGUUUUGGGAUUUUGUUUUAAUGUUUAAUGUUUCCAGAAACUCUUUAAGUUCUUGUGAUAGCUUGUUAUCAAUUAUUUAAUGGCCAGUCUGAUUAAAGUUAUUUUUUA